AUGGAGUUCGUGAUGAAACAGGCCCUGGGAGGCUCUGCAGAUAAGGUUGCUUACCCUCAGAACAAGGCUAAGGCAGUUCCCCAGCCCAAUACCUUUGAAUCCCUGGGGACUCAAGCUCUGAGAUUUAAUACGAGAUAUGGGGAGGACAUGCCGUGGGCCACCAAGGACAUGGGGAAGAUGCUUGGGGGUGAUGAGGAGAAGGACCCUGAUGCCGCCAAGAAGGAGGAGGAGCGUCAGGAGGCGCUGCGGCAGGCAGAGGAGGAGCGCAAAGCCAAGUAUGCCAAGAUGGAGGCAGAGCGUGAGGUCAUGCGGCAGGGCAUAAGAGACAAGUAUGGCAUCAAGAAGAAGGAGGAGCGUGAGGCUGAGGCUCAGGCAGCCAUGGAGGCCAACUCAGAAGGCAGCCUGACUCGACCCAAGAAGGCUAUCCCACCGGGCUGUGGGGAUGAGCCAGAGGAGGAAGAUGAGAGCAUCCUGGACACUGUCAUCAAGUACCUGCCUGGGCCACUGCAGGACAUGUUCAAGAAGUAA